AUGUCUUCGGCUGAAGCUGCUUCAGUGGUCAACAAGAGGGUCCACCCUUUUGACAAGGCCCAGUUAGAUACCCUACUCACCUCUCGAUUCUUCUUUGCUCCCGCUUUCGAGAUUUAUGGAGGUGUUGCUGGUCUAUACGACUAUGGCCCUCCAGGAUCUGCUCUUCAGGCAAAUAUUCUUGAUGUAUGGCGAAAGCAUUUUAUCAUCGAAGAGAAUAUGCUCGAGGUCGACACCACAAUUAUGACUCCGUCCGCUGUGUUCGAAACAUCCGGUCAUGUAGCGAAAUUCGCUGAUUGGAUGGUCAAAGACCUUGAGACCGGAGAGGUCCUUCGAGCUGACCAUUUGGUCGAAGCUGUCCUAGAGGCAAGACUCAAAGGGGACAAGGAGGCCCGUGGUAUUGCUGAAGAAGCAGUUGGUGAUGAUAAAGACCCCAAGAAAAAGAAAAAGAAGGUCAAGAGCACUGCCGUUAAGCUUGAAGAUGCAGUGGUAAGCUCCUACAACAGCAUUCUUGCCCAAAUCGACAAUUACACCGGCGAGGAGCUCGGUGGGAUCAUCUUCAACCUCAUGUUCGAUAGUAUGAUUGGGCCCACAGGCAAACUUAAGGGAUACCUCCGGCCCGAAACUGCCCAAGGUCAUUUCGUAAACUUUAAUCGUCUCCUGGGCUUCAAUAAUGGUAGAUUGCCAUUUGCGAGUGCGCAAAUCGGACGUAGUUUCCGAAACGAAAUUUCUCCUCGUGCCGGUCUGCUUCGCGUGCGCGAGUUUACGAUGGCAGAGAUCGAACACUUUGUGGACCCCGAAAACAAGAGACAUGCCCGAUUUGACGAGAUCAAGGAUAUCAAGCCAAAGCUUCUUCCCAAAGAUGUACAGAUGCAAGGACGAACAGAUUUAUUAGAGAUGACUAUCGGAGAAGCCGUCGAGAAGAAAAUUAUCGACAACGAAACGUUGGGCUAUUUUGUCGGCCGUAUUCAUCUGUUCCUCUUGCAAAUCGGCAUUGACCCUGAGCGCUUGCGAUUCCGCCAGCAUAUGCCCAACGAAAUGGCCCAUUACGCCGCAGAUUGCUGGGAUGCAGAGAUCCAGAGCUCCUAUGGCUGGAUCGACAAGCGUACUGGCCAAGCGCUUGUUGCUAGUCAAGCACUGGCGGAACCUAUUGUCACUGAGCGCGCUGUGGCAGAUUAUAACAAAAAGACGUUUGGCAAGACGUUCGGAAGGGACAUGCCGGCAAUUUUGGAAGUUUUGAAUAGCUACAAUGAUGAAGAACUCAUGAAACUGAAAGGCGAGGUAGAAGCCGGGAAUGCAACGAUUGCUUUGGCUGAUGGCCGUACUUUCACUCUCAACAAAGAACUUGUUACGGUUGAACGCAAGACAUUCAAACAAAGCGUUCGCGAGUUCACACCCAACGUCAUCGAACCGUCGUUUGGUAUCGGUCGCAUCUUGUAUUCCCUUCUAGAGCACAGCUAUUGGAGACGAGAACAAGAUAUUGCGCGUGGUGUCUUGUCUUUCCCGACAUGCGUUGCGCCGACCAAGGUUCUGCUCGUCCCUAUCAGUGCUAACACCGCAUUCUUGCCACUGAUCAAAGAAAUUUCCGCCAAACUCCGUGCGGCUGGGAUAUCUGCGCGAGUCGACGACUCUAGUGCUACGAUCGGAAAGCGGUACUCUCGCAAUGAUGAACUUGGAACGCCAUAUGGUAUCACGAUUGACUUUGCAUCUGUAUCAAAGAACACCGUAACUCUUCGAGAACGUAAUACCACAGAUCAACGUAUUGGUUCAGUCGACGAAGUCAUUUCCGUUGUCGCCGAUCUCGUUGCUGGUAAUAUCGAUUGGGCACAGGCAUGCACGAAAUUGCCUGCCUAUGAUGGAGUACAGGCUGUGGAUUAG